GCAAUUCGACACGAUUUUGGAGAACGGAGUGAUAUGACAGUAUCAGGAAACCUACGACAGUGGCCCGAGCUUGGAGAAAACGGUGAAGCUGGCAUUGGGCAUAUUAAAUCUAACGAAACAUUCCAACUUGCAACAAAUUUUUUGCUCGAAACUGGUAAAUCAGCUUGCGCCAGCUUCUUCUACAGACGAGAAAAAACGGGGUCCACUUUAAAAUUCUUCUAUACCACUUCCGGACUUCGUCGUUCUUUGUGGGAAUCCGUGCAGGACGUAUCUAUCAACAAUACGUGGAAACAAGUAAAGAUUGAUUUAUUAGGAAUUCAGUAUCUGGGAAACGUUGUCCUGACAUUGGAAGGAAACACAACGCCUUCCUCUGGUUAUCUGGACAUUGAUAACGUCCUGAUAGUGGAUUUAGCAUGUUCUCUAGUUAAUUUCUAAUAAAGUAUAUUGUUAAUUCCAUGAAACAGAGUGGUCUGGUGUAUU